CACCCGCACGCCUCUUGCCUCCUCUUCCUUCUUUCUUUCUUCACUUCACGCCGCAACCAUGUCUUUCUCCUCGCUCGUUUCCGACCUGACUUAUCGCGACAACGACCGCGACGACCGCCGCUCGCAGGUCUCCCGCGCCCGCUCCUACGCCAGUACCGCCGCAACGAGCGUCAGUAUUUCCGGCGACAUCAAAAGCCAGCUCCAUGGCGGCUACAGUCAUCCCCUUGCGAGGGCCUGGCAGGCCGAGAGGCAAUUGACCAAGUCCAUGCUUAUCUACCCGCUUUUCGUCUCCGACCAGCCUGAUGAGGAAGUCCUCAUCCCCUCCCUCCCAAACCAACACCGCCGCGGUAUCAACCGUCUCGUCCCUUUCCUCACGCCGCUGGUCCGCAAGGGUCUGCAGUCCGUUAUACUAUUCGGUGUACCGGUCGCGCCGGGCGUUAAGGAUGCAUUGGGCACUGCGGCGGACGACCCGGAUGGCCCUGUCAUCCAGUCGAUUCGCCUGCUCAGGCGGGCGUUCCCCAGCCUGUUCAUCGUCACCGACGUCUGUCUUUGCGAAUACACUAGCCACGGCCACUGCGGCAUCCUUCGCGACGACGGCUCCCUGAACAACGCCCUCUCCGUUGACCGCAUCAGUGACGUCGCCUUGGCCUACGCCGAUGCCGGCGCGCAUUGCGUUGCUCCCUCGGAUAUGAACGACGGCCGCAUCCGCGCCAUCAAGCUGAAGCUGAUCGAGGCUGGUAUCGCCCACCAGGUCGUGCUGAUGUCAUACUCUGCCAAGUUUUCUGGUUGCUUGUACGGUCCUUUCCGCGACGCUGCGGGAUCUGUCCCCAGCUUUGGCGAUCGCAGAUGCUACCAGCUCCCUCCUGGUGGUCGUGGUCUGGCUAGGCGCGCGAUCGUCCGUGACAUCAACGAGGGUGCGGAUAUUAUCAUGGUCAAGCCUGCAUCGCAGUACCUGGACAUCAUCUCGGACGCCAAGGAUCUUGGAAAGGACCUUCCCAUUGCCGCAUACCAGGUUUCUGGAGAGUUUGCGAUGAUCCACGCGGGCGCCAAGGCUGGCGUUUUCGACCUCAAGACCAUGGCAUUUGAGGCCACGCAAGGUAUUUUGCGUGCCGGUGCGACGAUUGUCGUCAGCUACUUCACGCCAGAGUUCCUCGACUGGCUCAGCACUUAAAAAUAUGCCUUUAAAUACGUGCACUUUCUAUACCUACUGAACCUACGGUUCUAGGGAAAAGACGAAGCACAAAGCUUUGAGACAUAGAGCUGUGAUAUUUCGUCCGGGCAGCAUUUCACCUCUGGCGUUGACGGAAAGGUUCAUCGGUCUGCUUUUCAAGGAUUCCCAUCUGUGGCAGGUGUUUUUUAUUCUCAUUCGGUUCUUUUCUUCCUUGUGGAUCUUUCACUCUACACAAAAAGGAGGUUACCUUCAGCUCGCGCUGCUUCUCGAUACGCAUAUGCAUAUAGCCAAUGAUAUCCACGUCGCACACGCUUACCUCGACCCCG